UUUGAAAAUUUUUUCAACAAUUUCAUUUAGAUAUUUUCAAAUUUUAAUUCAUCAAUUUUUUUUUUAAAUGGCCUAAAUUUUCCGUUAUUUAAUUUCAUAAUAAAAAUAAAAAUAAUAAAAUGGACAUCGAAACUAGCAGGCGUUUUCACCGCUUGAUGCAUAAUCUUCCUAGAAGCCUGCUUAUCAGCGAAAAUGAUGCCAUUCGCUUGUUCAACAGUGUUAACACUGCAAGUACCUUUGGUACAAUUGAAUCAGCAUAUUCGCUUAUGAGUAUCCACUCGUCAAAUGAGCUUGGUAAUUCUUGCAGAAUUUGUCGAUGGCACCAAGCCGAUUUGCAGAUUGUGCAAUGUCCCUGCGAAUGCAAGGGAAGUGUUGGAUACAUCCAUUUAAAAUGUCUUCGACGUUGGAUACUCCAAAGAGGUGAAAACCGUUGUGAAAUCUGUGGGAAAGUAUUCAAGUUGAAUACAGAAAACCGUUCUUAUAAACAAAUGUUCCGAUCAUUCUUUCAACACAAAUAUUUUGGCGAAAUCUUGAAGAACUGCAUACAUUUAGUUACUCUUGCACCAAUAUCGUACCUCAUUCUUUUUCAGGUUAUGCUAAAAAUGGAUAACUUGCAGAUCGAAAAAAACUAUAGCUUGGAAAUAAUUUUUUUAACUCCAACUUUACUUCUCACUUCAAGUGUUAUUUUCUUAAACAUACUGGAGUUUGGUCUAACGAGAUGUUUGCGAAUUAAAAAUGUACUUAGACAUUGGUGGACAUUUGGUGGACAAGAAACAGAUCCUGGCAUUGAUAUGGAAGUCCCAAGUGAUUUUUUUGAACUUUUCUAAAUUAAUUACUAAUUUGAUAUAAAAUAAAAACACUCCUUUUUGACA